AAAAUAAAAUAAACUUCAAACACGGAACCGGAAAUUCAUAAGAUUAUAUUGUCGAGCAACUUAAAACGGCAUAACCACAAGCCAGGAAGAAAAUGAAUUCGGACAUCAUAAAACACAUGCUGAACAUAAAGAUAGACGGUCUCAAAAUUCUAAAAUGGCGUCUGAUGGAUACUUAAUCCCAACUCUGCAGGACAUUGAGAAAUCCGUGUUGGAACUCAGUAGUCAAGUUCGAUUACAGAGUGCUUUUCUGGACUGUCAAAUAGAGAAGUUAGAGCAAGAUCCAGACACAGAUUGUGUAGUGAGUGAAAACGAGGCUGAGAACAUUCUUGCUCGGACUAGCAGUCUACGAGCUGAACUGGAGAAAUUUAAGUUGAAUUUGAAAAAGUAUCAAGAAGUCACGAAAGAAAAGAGAAAUAGCAGUGAAUCGAACGCAGACAAGAACGAAGACGAGGAAGAUUCUCCCGACAAGAGUACAGAUGACCUUGACACUGUAGACAGUGGUACAAUAGUUGCACAGCCCGACUCAGUUUCAUAUAUCCCUGAAAAGAAACCAAAUGGAACUCCACAAGAAAAUGAAGACUAUAGCGCAGUGGUUACAAUAAACGAGUCAUCGUCAAAACUGCUAGACAAGCAGACAUAGCUCAAAAUAUCAUCUUAAAC